AUGCCAUUCGUCAUUCGGACACCUGUACCUCUUCCUGAACUUAGGCUCACUCAUGUCCCUAUUGAAGAAGUGGAGGAACUUAAGACCACCAUGGCAAAGCUAGAAAAAGAGAAUGAAGAGUUGAAGAUAAAACUCCAACAAAUCAUCAAUGAGAAAAACACGAUGAAGUGGGAGCUUGAGAGAAAGGAUGCACUUCUUCAAGCACAUGUGGAAAAGUUCAACAAAGAGGAGCAUAAGAGAAAAAAGAUCAAAGUGGGACUAGAACAAGCUGACCAUUGUCUAGAUACUCUUAAGGGUCAAUUACGACGAGCCCAGAAAGAAUGUCAAGACAAUGAACAUUGGUGGCAUCUGGCCACGAAAGAAAACAAGACGAUAAGAGAUACACUUGGGGCUCAGAUAAAAGAACUCACCAAUUAUGUUCGUCAUGCAAAGGCUGAAACAGAUCAAGAACGCCAACUCAAGAAUAUAGCCACCGAAGCUUCUAGGGUUUCGCCCAUGAUAUGGGAGGAAAAGUGUCGAGAAGUAAGAGACGCAAAAGAGUCUGCCAGCUAUUGGAAGAACCAGCUAGAGUCAUUACACCAAGACAACUCCAUAUGGUUAAAGGAACGAGAGUAUUUGAUUGAAGAUUACGAAUCCUUUAAGAAGACCAUAGACUUCUUGCAAGGAGAUAGGGAUAAGUUCCGUGCAAAGCUCGACGGGCUAGUAGGUUUCUGUAAUUGGGAGGCUAAAGAAUUACCAUGGAAGUUAAGAGACGCAGUCGAAGAGUUGAAAGAAGAUAGCACUCCUCCAGCCAUAAUCAGUUUCGUUCUGCUCUAUAGAGGGUUGCUGAAGAGAUUCAAGGAAGAACUAGAAGAGCUCCAAGCCAGAAAACCUGCAGUUUAA